AUGGAAAGAACUGUAUUUUCAUCUUAAAGAAAGGGAUGCUCAACAAAUGAGAGAGGAACCGCUGCGUUUAGUAGAGAUUUAUUUCCUAAAGGAUCUCGUGUGAAGCAAACAGCUAAUAAAGUAGUCCACUGUCCUAAUCGUAGAGUCGAGCAUGGUAAUUCUGGUUGCCACAAUUACAGUAGGUUCGAAAAUGCACUAAACUCUUAUAAUAACGAAUGA